AUGCACCCUCCCGGCUCCCCGCUCGCCAUGGCCGAAGGCGCUUUCUCUCUGUCGGCUCCGGCGGCGCGCAGCCCCGGGGGGAACCCGUCGAGGCUGCACAGCAUCGAGGCCAUCCUGGGGUUCACCAAGGAUGACGGCCUCCUGGGCCCCUUCCAGCCCGACGGCGGCGCCGGCAGCGCCAAAGAAGCGGCGGACAAGCGGGGACCGCGGCACUGCCUCCCGAAGGGACCCGCGGAGCCGCCGCCGGCCGAGCACCAGGGCCGCUUCCAAGAGCCGUACUGCCCGGGCAGCGCCAGCCCCGAGCUGCCCGGCGGCGGCGGCGGAGGCGACGGGAAACCGUCGGACGAGGAGCAGCCCAAAAAGAAGCACCGGCGGAACCGCACCACUUUCACCACCUACCAGCUCCACGAGCUGGAGCGCGCCUUCGAGAAGUCGCACUACCCCGACGUGUACAGCCGCGAGGAGCUGGCCAUGAAAGUCAACCUGCCCGAGGUCCGCGUGCAGGUGUGGUUUCAGAACCGUCGGGCCAAGUGGCGGCGGCAGGAGAAGCUGGAGGUGAGCUCCAUGAAGCUGCAGGACUCUCCCAUCCUCUCCUUCAGCCGCUCCCCGCAGGCGGCCCCGGUGGGUGCGCUGGGCAGCAGCCUGCCGCUGGAGACGUGGCUCGGUCCGCCCGUGCCCGGCGGCGCGGCCCUGCAGAGCCUGCCCGGCUUCGCGGCCCCUGCUCAGGGGCUGCCUGCCAGCUACACACCACCGCCCUUCCUGAACUCUCCGGCCGUGACCCACGCGCUGCAGCCCCUGGGAGCCAUGGGGCCGCCGCCGCCCUACCAGUGCGGGGCUGCCUUUGUGGACAAGUUCCCCCUGGACGAAGGGGACCCGCGCAACACCAGCAUCGCCGCCUUGCGCAUGAAGGCCAAGGAGCACAUCCAGUCCAUCGGCAAGCCCUGGCAGACCAUCUGAGCUCCCUCCCUUCGCUGGGUUGCGGCUGCUGAGAGCACCGGUUGCCGGGAGGCCGUGGGACGCCCCCGACCCGCUCCGUUGCCGACAUCGUCCGCGUCCCGACUUUGUAUUUCGUGGUCCUCUGAACCCCCUGUGCCGUGUGUCCCGCAGAGCUGGGGCUGGGCUGUAGUUUAGGAAAAGCUCUCCCACUCUCCCUUGUUGGCUGGAUGCUUAGGUCGCAAUAAAAGCUGCUGUAGAG